UUGGUGCAUUGCAAUUUUAGCAAAUUUACGAAAUGAGCGGCCGUCGAAAAAACAAAGCGUUUGAAGAACUCGGAUUUGAAUUGAUCAGAUUAAAUAAUAAAAAGCCUGCUGCUUAUUGCAAUAUUUGCAACAAAAAUUUAUUAAACACAGCCGAGGCCCGGCUAAGAGCACAUAGAAAUGUAUGCAAAAUUGUUAACAACGAUGAUGCCAGCUUAUCGAAUCUUGAUGCAUGUAAUGUAUAUGAAACAUGUUUUCCAAAUUACGAGGAUGAAGAGGAUGUUUUUGAAUCAAAAUGCGUUGAUAUCAGUAUGAAAUAUAACCCAAUUACAAUCUCUACACAAGCAAACUAUGAUCCUAUCAAUAAUAAAGCUGAGUUGACAAGGCCAAAGAUAUCCGAGUCCACAAGAAGGAGCUCAUUAACAUCCUUAUGUUCAAGCAGUGAACAGUUACCAACAUCAGGGUCAUGUAAGAGGAAGCGAGUAAAUGCAAUACAAAAUUCCACCUCGAGCACUCACAUUACUCAGACAUUAUCACAAAAAGAAGAAAAUGAUAUAACCAAAUCUUUGGCGCAGUUGUUCUUUGGAUGUAACAUUCCCCUGACUGUCGUAGAUUCUUUAUACUUCAAAAACUUUAUUAACAAAUUAAGACCUGCGUACGGAGCCAACAUUCCUAAAAAGGAAGUUCUAUCAUCAACAUUAUUGGAUAACACAUAUGAACAACUUUUAACUUCUGCAAAGGCUACAAUGACUCCCGAUUCCGUUUUGUUGAUUGAUGGUUGGAAAAAUUUCUCGGACAAUACCAAGACAGUCGUUUCAAUAUUACAUAGCACUAAUGGCGAAAAGGCAUUUUUGGAACAGUGGGAUCUAACGGCAGAAAGUGAUACAUAUGAAAAACUAGCUGAUAUCGUAUCGGAGUCUGUACAUUUAGCAGAAAAAGUUUAUUCAACCCAUGUCUACGCAGUCGUGCUAGCUAAUGCUAGCGCGGUGGAGAAAAUGGAAAACAUUACGAAACAUUUAGUUUGGAACAGUAAUUGUAGCAGCAGUGCAGGAAACUUGCUCGCUAACGAUAUUUUGAAUAGAGAAAUUAAUCUCAAAGUCACAUCUCUUCUAAUGGAAUUUAAACGAGCAGAUUUCGAAAAAGAGAUUAUUGAAAAGGCCGGAGCCAGAAUAAAAUUACCAUGCGAAGCUCGAUGGUGUUCAUAUCGUGAUGCGUACAAGUUUUUAAUAGAGAAUGAGCAGCUUUUGAAACAAAUUGGAGUUGAUAAGAACGUCAAAUCAAAUGUUGUUAAACUGCUUUAUGAUAAUCAAUUUUUAGAUGAUGUUAAGAGCAACUUACUUUUAUUGGAUCCAAUUUGUAAUUUAAUUAAAAAAUGCCAAUCUAAUAAGUGUUCAGCAGCGGAAGCAGUCGAAAUAUGGCUUGAUCUUCAGUUGCCUAAAGAAUUUUCAGAACAAUUGAAGUCGAGACAGGAACUAGCUUUGAACAAAUAUGCUUUGACAGCUUUUCAUUUGCAUCCCUUUCUUAAUAACUUGAAACUUACCGAUGAACACAAUAACAUCAUUUUUGAGUUCUUGUUUACAAGCCUUAAUGGAGCUGGUCUUGAAGAGUGGGACAGUUUUAAAAAGAAAUCGGGGUUUUUUAAAAGGCUUUAUGAGAAGGAAAUCAAAAGUCCGUUGGUUUUCUGGAGCUUGGCAGAGAUGAAAUACCCAAAUCUGGCCAAAAUAGCAAUAAAACUUUUGCAAAUACCAGCUUCUUCAGCUCAAAUUUCACGCGUAUUUUCAAACGCAGAAAAUCGACCUGCAUUUAAAACAUCUAAGAUUAUGUCAUAUGUAUACUAUUCAUUAAGAAUUAAAGACGUUACCGAAGAGAAAGAGUUUGAAAUAAAUAUAUAAUAAGGACAAAA